UUUGGGUCAUAAAUGUAAACUGGUUCUGAAUUUGGUAUCUUGAAUUUUCGCGGUACCCUACUUCCCGGCGCCAUUUCCUAAUCGCAAGUUUCAUAGCCUUUACUCUCUAGCAUCCCUCUGCUGUAUUCUCAGUUUCUCACAGUUCCUCAAGGCACGGCGGAGAACCAGAACCGAGCUGUUUGCUGCCGAGACAAUUAGAAGUCUACUUCUCAGUCCUUCUAAUCCCUCUCAGGCUUGCCCACCUAGGCCCUUGAUAGUUUGUACCCCUUGUGCUGUAAUGUGCUUUUACACUUUCGACAACUAAAAUAUGAAUGCCUCAGUGGCAAGGAAAAAAAUUCAAAAGAAAUUUAAAAUUAGAGGGUACACACUCAAAGUUGAUGCUCUUGAAGAGAUCCUCUCCUUUGCCAAUCGUUUCCAAGGUGCUGAAGAUGAGGCCAUUGAUCUCCUCUUAGACCACCUUCAAUAUGAAUCACAGAAAGUGGGAGUGAAAUCUUCCAUAAUUGACAAGGAGCCAAUACGUCGUGUCAUAAGCAGUUUAUUAGAAGCUGAUGAUGCAGUUGAGCCAACCUCAAGUGACACAGUUUCUUCUCAUGCCACAAUUCGUGUGAUUGAUGCUUUCUUAGUCCCAAAAUUUCACUUUGAUCCCAUCAAGAAGCAAUUUUAUCAGCAUACUGGGGGGCUAUCCAUACAUGGUGGAUCUUCUGCCAAAUCUGCUCUUUACAAGGGUAGGUAUUUGUUGCUCUUCCAGAGAAUCUCUCACGAUCAGCAUUUUUCCAAACCUGCAUUUGAUACUGAAAUGUCACAUUAUGGAAACUGUGAGAUAGCUCCAAUUCAGUCUCUGGUUGGGCAAACAGGAAGACGAUGGGUCAUGGGUGUGAUAUCUCAAUUUGAGGAUGGCCAUUUCUACUUGGAAGAUCUUACUGCAUCAGUGGAAAUCAAUUUGUCUAAAGCAAAGAUAACUACAGGCUUUUUAUCGGAGAAUACAAUUGUUGUUGCAGAAGGUGAGAUGCUCUUGGAUGGUAUUUUUCAGGUAUUCACAUGUGGGUUUCCCCCAUUAGAGGACAGAGACAAGUCAUUGAAAUUACUUGGACAACAUGAUUUCUUUGGUGGUGGUACUUUAACAAAAGAGGAAACUCUAAGACUUGCAGAGCUGGAAAAGAAAGCUGUUAAUGCCAUGUUUGUCAUACUCUCAGACAUUUGGCUAGACAGUGAAGAGGCAAUGGGAAAGCUGGAGACUGUACUUGAUGGCUUUGAGAUUCAAGAAGUUGUUCCUUCUCUAUUUGUUUUCUUGGGGAAUUUUUGUUCUCAUCCAUGCAAUCUUUCCUUUCAUUCAUUUUCAAGUCUCAGAUUGCAGUUUGGAAAUCUAGGGAAAAUGAUUGCAGCACAUCCAAGGCUAAAAGAGCAUAGUAGGUUUCUAUUUAUUCCAGGUCCUGAUGAUGCAGGUCCAUCAACAGUAUUACCUAGGUGUGCUUUACCAAAGUAUCUAACAGAAGAGCUUCAGAAGUACAUUCCAAAUGCCAUAUUUUCGAGUAAUCCUUGCAGGGUCAAGUUCUACACACAAGAAAUUGUAUUUUUCCGAUAUGAUCUGCUGUAUAGGAUGCGUCGUUCAUGUUUGAUGCCCCCUUCUACAGAGGAGACUUCUGAUCCCUUUGAACAUCUGGUUGCUACCAUAACCCAUCAAAGUCAUCUCUGCCCACUUCCUCUUAUUGUUCAGCCUAUUAUCUGGAAUUAUGAUCAUUGUCUUCAUCUAUAUCCAUCUCCACAUACGAUUGUUUUGGGCGACAAGAGUGAGCAGAAGGCAUUCAAAUACACAGGAAUCACUUGUUUCAACCCUGGAUCCUUCUCAAAUGACAAUACUUUUGUAGCAUAUCGUCCUUGCACUCAAGAGGUCGAGUUUUCAGCCUUGUGAGUGUCAAAUACGUUAUGAUUUAUUUUUUAGCAAAUCAUAUGAUUCAAUCAUGUAAUUUUAGAACGCACCUUGUCUGAGCCAUUUAGUACAAGGUUCAUGGCAAAAGUGCUUGCUAAUUUACACCGUCAAUUGCUUGUAAAGCUUUCUAGCCAAUUGAUAUUUAGGUAAAAAUGACUUGCUUUUAUUUGGUGAAAUACAAUUUCUUCCUGGAAACUCACCCAGCUUAAGUGCAUGCUGCUUAGUUUGCACUUUUAAUAUGUUGCUAUGUAGUGAACAUCAUUAGGGUGUUAUUAUUGUUUACCACUAGCGUAAUAAAAUCAUAUUUAUCUUGCCUUAUUUAA